AUGGCGGCAAAAUUGGCAGCUCUCCCAGUCCUACAGUCCAUUGAGGACUGCAGCGAUUUCUCCAAAACAGUCGAGCCAUUCGUUGACCAGUUCUUUGCUCUGCCUGCCCGCCUGGUUGCCAGCAUUGGCAGCAUUGAAAACCUACAACGCCUUUACGUCGAGACCAACCCCCUAAUCACAGGCUUUGCGGCAUCGAUAUUUCUUGCAGGCGUGUUUUUGAUCGUUUCCGAGGUGAACAGGAAUUAUUCCCAGGUUGAUCGCAUGUGGAGCAUAUUGCCGAACCUGUAUAUUAUUCAUCUUGCUGGUUGGGCGCGAAUGGCUGGCUUGCCUCAUAGUCGCAUUGAUUUAGUUGCUGCAUUUAGCACACUCUGGAGCAUUCGACUGACCUACAACUACUGGAGGCGAGGUGGAUAUAAUGUUGGAUCCGAAGACUACAGAUGGUACGGCGAAUCCAUGCAAAAGCCCCGUCGCCUCCGUGAGAUGCUAAUCUAUUAUAGGGAAAUCGUCAAGUCAAAAGUCCCUGCCUUUGUCUUCUUUCUUCUGAAUGUCACCUUCAUCUCCCUUAUACAAAGUGUCUUGCUCUUUGCCUUCUCUUGUGUCCCUGCCUACGCCAUACUGCUGUCGACGCGUUUUGAGCCAAACGUCACAGCUUCAGACUUUGCGUAUUUUGCUGUCGAACUGCUUCUGGUUAUCAGCGAAUGGAUCAGCGACGGCCAGCAGUGGGAGUAUCAAACUGCCAAGCAUCAGUACAACAAGGACGCCAAGUUACCAAGGGGUUGGGACCAGGCUGACCUAGACAGAGGCUUCAUCACCUCUGGUUUGUGGGGAUACAGUCGUCACCCAAACUUCUUUGCAGAGCAAACAAUUUGGUUCGUGCUGUAUCAAUGGAGCUGCUAUGCCACCAACUCCCUAUACAGCUGGACCUUUGUUGGCUCUGGUAGCUUGUUCCUUCUCUUCCAAGGAUCCACUUGGCUUACCGAGGCUAUUUCAGCCGGUAAGUAUCCCGAGUACGUCGAAUACCAGAGACAGGUUGGCAUGUUCAUUCCUACCUCUAUUUGGCCGUACAAGGCCCCGUCAUACAAGCCAAAGGUCAUCAGAACUAGUGAGCUUGCCAAGCGUCACGAAGAGAAGAAGAAACAGAAGCAAACGUAA